CGGUAAAGCCCAUAAAACCUAAAGCUUGGCUUGGUCAUCAUCUUCCAAGCUACCCUUUCGCAUUGUUUGCAGAGAGAGAGAGAGGAUGGUGGUGGUAUCUCUCACAAAUGCUUCAGGUUUAAUCCGAUUGGCUCAUCCGUCACACCGGAGGAUUCAAAGGUUCGGACCUAGCAGCUCCAAGUUUACUCUGGAUUCGAGUCUCAAUGGGAGAGUUAGCUAUAAGCCUAUUGUGGGUGGGUAUCCCACAAUGUCCGUAUGUUUCGCACGCCAAAGUACGAGCUUACAUGAUGAGCCAGAGCCCCCUUUAUGGUUGAGCCUUGUUAGGGACAUUGUCGGGAGCACGGGAUCGCUCUUCUCCUUUAUGGCUGAACAGCCGAGCCAGCUGAAAUUUAUAGAGUGGCCUAGUUUUACUACCACGCUCAAGACUGCCACACUGAGUCUCUUUCUUGUAGCUGUCUUCAUUGUUGCGCUAUCGUCCGUGGACUCUGCUCUUUGUUACGUAUUGGCUCUCAUCUUGAGGAAAUCCCUAUGAGUAGAGAGAGUGAGGAAGGCAAAGUCCAUUUUCAUUUCUAACCUGCAGCAAAGGUUAAUGCUGUUGUUGUUGUUUAGAGCUAAAAAUUAAAUCUCCUCUUUUUUGAGUAAUAGGUUUCAGCUUACCAAGAAACGAGUCAA